UGUUUGAAUAUUCUAAGGGUAUCAUAAUUACUGCAGAUAGAGAAGCUACGAAACCAUACAUACACCAAUGGCUGGUUUCUUCGCUUUCACACAUUUCGUCUUAAAGUCAAGGUUUACGUGCAAUUCUUUCAUUUAUUCGGUCACCGCCACAAUUAAUUUAUAGUCAAUUAUUGAGUAUUGACUUCGUCAACAUUUAUCAAUCUAUAUGUAAAUCGUCGAGUGUCUCAUCAAACACAAUUUGAUACAACAACGAAAAUGAUUUAAUCAUCAAAUGAUGGAAACGAAGCUCACUACUACUAUCCUUGGAUUCUUCUUGCUGAGCUUCUUCAUCUGCUUCACCACAACAAGAGCACAAUCAUCAUCCCCAAACUACGUUGGAGAUGACUGCAAAAACUCGACGGAAGAAUCCCUAACAAGUGGAUUCAAAACCAACCUCAACAGCGUCCUCUCAUGGCUUUCCUCUGAUGCUGCCACAAGCAAGGGAUACAACCAUACCGCCAUCGGAACCGCCACUGGCGAUGCCGUCUAUGGCCUCUAUGACUGCAGAGGUGACGUGACAGGCACCUUCUGCCAGUUUUGCGUGUCCACAGCGGCUUCAGACAUUGUUCAGCACUGUCCAAACAGAUCAUCAGCAGUGAUUUGGUAUAAUUACUGCAUACUCAGAUACUCCAACCAUGACUUCUUUGGAAACCUUACAAUAACCCCAUCAUGGCAAUUUCCGGGGACCAAGAACAGCACCAACAGCACACAAGAACUCCAGGAAGCAGAGACUUACAUGCAGAGCUUGAUAAAGAAUGCUACUGUGGAGACCAACCUGCUGUAUGCAAUGGGUGAGUUCAAUUCUGGUGGUUCAUCAGGGGAAAGGUAUGGGCUGGUGCAGUGUAGUAGGGACCUUACUAGUGAUCAGUGUAGGCAGUGUUUGAAUGCUAUGUUGGAUCAAGUUCCUAAAUGCUGUGCUACAAAAGUUGGAUGGCAAGUUUUGGCUCCAAGUUGUUUGAUCAAGUAUGAUGAUUUUAUGUUCUACAAGAUUACUACCAGUCAAGCACCUUCUCCAUCAUUGAAUUCAGGCAAUAACAAGGGUACAGGUAAGACAAAAACUUUGAUAAUCAUCAUAGUAAGUGUGUCCGUGGCAUUAGUUCUACUAAGUUGUGGCAUCUACUUCUUAUGGAGGAAGAAUCAAUCAAAUAAUGAUGCAUUAUUGUCAGAGACCACUCCUAUAUCAAUACAUUAUAACCCUUAUCAAGCUCAAGGAGACGAUUCAUUGAAUGCUGAUCUUCCUACAAUCCCUCUAUUUUGGAUUCGACAGAGCACUAAUAACUUUUCAGAUUCUUGCAAAUUAGGGGAAGGUGGAUUUGGUCCUGUUUAUAAGGGAAGCUUACAAGAUGGGACAGAAGUUGCCAUCAAAAGACUCUCAAAAACAUCUGGCCAAGGUUUAGAUGAGUUCAAGAAUGAAGUAAUCUUCAUAGCCAAACUACAACAUAGGAACCUUGUGAGACUGUUGGGUUGUUGUGUUGAGGAAAAUGAAAAGCUGCUUAUAUACGAGUACAUGUCCAAUUCAAGCCUUGCCCUUCAUCUAUUCGACGUGGAAAAACGAAAGCAUCUAAGUUGGAAGGUUCGAAUGAAUAUUAUCAAAGGAAUCGCACGAGGACUUCUAUACCUUCAUGAAGAUUCUAGACUUAAAGUAAUUCAUAGAGAUAUGAAAGCUAGUAAUGUUCUGCUUGAUCAAGAUAUGAAUCCAAAAAUAUCAGAUUUUGGACUAGCAAGGACAUUUGAAAAAGGCCAGAAUGAAGAAAACACUAGAAGGGUUAUGGGCACCUACGGAUAUAUGGCUCCUGAAUAUGCUAUGGAAGGGUUAUACUCAGUAAAAUCAGACGUUUUUAGUUUUGGAGUUCUUUUACUAGAAAUCAUUGCUGGCAAAAGGAAUAGUGGAUUCUAUCUUUCAGACCAUGGUCAAAGUCUUCUUGUAUAUAGUUGGAAACUAUGGUGUGAAGGAGAAUGUUUAGAGUUAGUAGAUCCUAUAUUAGAAAAUACAUACAUAAGAAGUGAAGUUACAAGGUGUAUUCAUAUUGGUUUGCUGUGUGUACAAGAAGAUGCAAUAGAUCGACCAACAAUGUCUACAGUUGUUGUUAUGCUAGCAAGUGAGACAAUGACACUUCCUAAUCCUAAUCAUCCUGCAUUUUCAGUUGGAAGAAAAUUCGGUAAAGAAGACGAGUCAACGUCAAAGACUUCUAAAGAUAAUAUCUCUGUGAAUGAAGUAUCAAUCUCAAAUGUUUUUCCUAGAUAAGUAGUAUAUACAACAUUAUAAAAACUGUUUUAGGAUUGCUUGAUGUACAAGUAAUUGCAUCAACAUAUUUGAACCAUUCUUGUUUUAAAUGAGUGUUGUAGUUCAAUUAUUAAAGAUAUGCAAUCUGCUCAUCAUGCAAAUAUUAUAACUUCUCUUAGAUUAUAUGUGUUUAUGGAUUAAGCUAUACCAUAAGGAAUUUAACCAAUAUUUUGA